AACAUUGAACAAAACAAAACAAAUGUACCACCCACCCAACCAGCAAAAGUAUGCACAACUCGAUGCUACAUGUCAUGUCCCAUAUCGAUUCUUUACUUUUUCACAGUACAUUUUCCGAUUGCCAUCCAAUUGUGUCGUUUCCCAUCUAGCUCGGCCCAACAUACCCAACCUUUUUCCCCCUCUCUGCAUACCCCCCUUCUCCCCCAGUAUUAAGAGAUUCGGAAAUUGUUGCAGACUAUUAACCCGCCUCUUGGCACGAGCCUUAGGCAAAACCACCGCAAUCUCCCGACUAUCGCGAAACAGCCCGGUGCCCUCAUUCAUCCCUUACCCACGCAGUUUCGCUUAGCGCCGGGUAAAGCAUCCUAACUAUCGAUACACACACA